AUGGACCGAAGCGACGAGAUGUCGAUGAGCACGGCGACGGAUCUCCUCGCGCUGCGGCUCUCCUCGGUCCCGUUCCACGACAUCGACCAGCCGUUGGCGUACCGGCAGCAGCAGCAGCGGCAACAGAUGGCAGAUGCGGGGGCGAUGGCGGACGACGAGACGGGCGAGGAGGGGGCGCAGAGGCUGACGACGAUGACCGCCGAGCGCUGGGUCCCUCCGGCCGCCUCGCUCUCCUUCCUCGGUCUUAUCGCCCCGCUCACGCCCGCCCUCGGCCUCUUCUCUACCCGUGUAUCUCUCCUCCAUGUCCCUGCCUCGACGGGAAAUGCCUCCUUCGACUUCACGCUUAUCGUCCUCCCCGAUACUCUCAUCGUCGGAAACCUCGCCAACCAGCUUACCGAUACAAGCACCUCUGCACAGGAACAGCCUCCUCCCUCGAAGUGGUUAAUCUCAGGAGAGAUAUGUUUGAUGGGGGACGAGCUGGCGAUAGUAGCGCAGAGCCUAUACCAGCAAGAAACCGGGGGGAUGUCGCAAGGGCCCCAGAGCAGCAGCAGCAGCAGUACUAGUACGAAUCAAGUAUCGUUUACGGGGCACAUGAACGCGAUAGUAGCCGGGGACCACGUGAAAAGCAUAUGGAGCCGGACAUCACGGACGCGUGCGACGUUAGGGGAGGCCUUAGAGGUUGCCCGGGAUCCGGACGCAUGGGAGAACGUGGAGGACGACGCCAAGCUGCAGCAAGUCUCGCUGGCCGACCUCGAAUGGCUCGACGUCUCCGUCCGCAUAGGCGUCAAAUCCCCCCGCCAUCCGGCCCUCUGGAUCCGCCCGCUCAUCGAACUCGUCCAGUUCAAAUGCAGACCCUCCAAAACUUCCGAAGACCAUUCCAGAAUCAUCCAGGUCGCCGCCUCCGUGCCCCUCGUGGGUCAACUCAUCGGGAUCCACCGAGAUCAGGACAAUCGCACCUUCUCUUUCUUCAUUCAACUCUAG